AGAUGGCGCUGUGUGUCUAUAUUCUUUAAUGUAGCAAACAUUUCAAUAUCUCCAUGCAGCAUGCACAAUAUUGAAACUAGUUAACUAGAUGAUUCAAUCGGAAAGGGUUCCACUUUGUUCACAAUGUUUGCAUACUUUGGUGAUAUCAGGAUUGCACAUUCCACUAAAGCAUAAAGCAUUUAGAUUAGACGAAUUUAUUUGCUCGCGAUUGUGAUCGUGAUCGAAUUCUAUCUUUCUAAUCGAAGUUUUCGACAGCAGGAAUAAUGAACUACAUUUUCCCAAUGAGAAGUUUCCUGUUUUUAUAUGGCAUCGUUGUUUGGAUGAUUUCAACGACAAUAAGUUGUGUAUUGUUUGAGAGAAUUGAAGUUGAUGUCGUAUGGCCGAUGUUCAAAGGUCAUGUUGAAGGUGGCAGUGUAGCUGUCUUCAAAUUGUAUUACCCACAGUCGCUUGAUAUACGUUUGUCUUCGGAAUGGGGCGACGCCGAUUUAUAUAUAUCUAAUAGUAAGAGUCAUCAGUUACCAUUGUACGAGCCAAACUCAUACAUUCUUCACUCUGCAACUUGCGGUGUCGAUACAGUUCACGUUCAUGAACGUUUAAAAAGACCUUUAUACGUUUCGGUUUACGGUCAUCCGUCCUACAAAGUUUCUGUUUAUGAAUUGAGCAUCAUCAACAGGCCAAGUACCCAGGCAGAUGAUAACGAUUUCCAGUUAUUAGACUAUAGAACAGAUAUUCCCCUUCAUCCUGAUUAUACCUCUACGGAAGGUGAACUUCGUUGAGAUAUUUGUUGUUAAAAGACUGAAGUUACAUGAAAAAUAUUGUAUCCUUUGUCCUUCGUUAAGUGACCGGUUAUAUUAUGUUUUUCUAUUUUUGUGUUAUUUUUUGUAACGAAUGUCACUUGUCUGUUCAUUGUACAGGUUUAUUUUUUUGUAUAAUUAUUAUUUUAUUUCCAUUUUAAAAAAUAUAGGUAUAUACCUACCUGUAUAAAUCACAAAUAGCGAAAUGUGUUAUCAUGUUUACCAAAGUUUCUAUCAAGUCUGUACUUUUAAUUGAAAAUCAAUUUUCUUAUUUGAAAUACAGUAUAAAUUAUUGCGUUGA